GCCAAAGUGCAGGUCACUCUUGGCGGUAUGCAGACAUGGGAUUCUUUGCAUCCCGAAAGGCCGAGACAUCCCCAUUACCAGUGAAGCAUGAGAAGACUGGAUUCACCGGCCACCCCGCCAAGUCGGUUGCUCAGCUGCUUCGAAAUCGUCUGAACGGAAGGAAGGAACGUACUGCAAAGCUUGGUUCUUUGCAUUCUACGGACUAUACCCCAUCUCUUGACUCUACCAGCGAUAUACCAAUUCAUGAUCCGGACCAUUCAAAUCGCGUUUACGGGACUGGGGUCGAGGGUGUCAUUUCUCAGAAAACGCGUCCGUCUGACACAAAUAGGAAGUCCACAGAUGCUGUCACAUUGACAUUGGCCCAUAAGCUCAAUGAACUUGCCGCAGCGAAUGCCGAUGGCUUUUUGAGUGACGAUGAUUAUCGCGUUCUGAGGCAAAACUUAUUUAAGAGCUUUGUUGCCGUUUCCGAGCCUCCAACAGAAGUUCCAAUUGUAAAAUCGGUUGAGCCGGUCCCGUUUCGGUUUCCUCCUGCGUCGCAUGGUGACUACGCUGCGUCAACCACAACGCGUCUUACCCGUGCACCAUCCAUGCGUACGACAGCUUCAAAUACUUCCACCAUCUCAACCUUAUUUCAACGUGUCUUGAGGCGAUCGUCUGAGACACGUAGCGUGAGGGACCAAGAUCAGAUGUCGAUAGCUUCUUCGUCGCGACCUGCGCCUAUCUCUCCCUCGAUGAUCUCAGUUGCCCGAGGAUUGAGCCGCCAGGUAUCAAAUAGUUCUCUAAAAUCUGAUGUCUCCCGAAAUAUGACAUCGGACAUCCGAUCCAUGUCUUCGAAGCUCUCGGUACGAAGUAUAGGGACAACUUCGGAUGCAGGGGGUAUGACGCGAAGAAGCACGAGAAGCCUACGAAGUUGCAUGCCACCUCCUUCGUCGUUUAAUGCGAGGCACAUGGCUUCCCCUCUUUCACUUUCAGAUGGAAAUGAGGAUCGGUUACGACCUGCAGAGGAUAUUCGGGCCGAGAUUCGAGCUACUGAAGCAGAGGAACAAAGCGUGCUAGCAGCUUUAUCGAUAUUGGCGCAACAACCUUUCAAUCCAGCCAUGCCUAGCUUCAUCCAUGCGCUCGAUUCUCGUCCUGGCUGGCCUCCACCUGUGCCACCGAAAAAAUCGAGUCCCAAUACGGGGCAAUCCACUUCGCCCCUUGGGACAUCCCCAGCAAGCCAAGACUCGACAGAGCUUGAUUCGUCUGAAUAUCCUGUGGAGACGCAACUUGCCGAAAUAGAACGGCGAAGAGCGGAAAUCACUGUGCGCUAUCAGCAACGUCUUGAUUACCUGAGGGCUCGGCUGAAGGGAGCCGAGAUACAUGAGCGACUUCUGCGCAAGUAGCUUGAUUGUUACUAUCGCGUGGCUGAGGAUCGGGAAUUGUUAUUAAAAGGAAUAUGCAUCGUGUACAUAUAUCCAUUGGAGCAGUGCUUUCGAUAGUUCUCAUAUGUCAUUCUUCGUUCUUUAGAUCACGAGUUAAAUUGAU